AUGACCCAAGAGGCAAUAAGCAAGGGCCAUGAAGAGGAAAAGCCUGUUUUUGGCUCCUCUGGAAGGAAGAUCAUCUACGACAAGGACGGUAAACCCUGUCGAAGCUGUAACAGUCUAUUAGACUUUCAAUUUGCUACCGGAGGAAUGAAAGCACCUAAAGUUGCUGCUCCAGAGAAGCCGCAAGAGUCUGCUACAACCACAAGCACAGGUACAAGCUCGGGUUCCAAACCUGCUUACGCUAAAGUUGAGCCACCAGAUGUGGAAGUAUUAGGACGCUCUUCAUGGACUCUUCUCCAUUCAAUCGCUGCUACGUACCCUGAAACGCCUUCCAAUAAGCAACAAGCCGAUAUGAAACAGUUCCUUAAGUUGUUUGGCAACUUCUACCCAUGCUGGUUCUGCGCUGAUGACUUUGAGAAGUAUAUGGCCAAAAAGGAGCCUGUGACUGACACUCAGGACAAUUUAGGCCGCUGGCUCUGUGAUGCCCAUAAUGAAGUAAACGAGAAGCUCGGGAAGCCAAAGUUUGACUGUAAUUUAUGGAAGAAGAGGUGGAAAGAUGGUUGGGAGUGA